AGCGGGGCAUGUUGUCACACUUUUCCCUCCGGUGAACAAACCUGGAAAUCUGGACUUCAAGAUCAAUGGACGCACACUGAGCUCUGUAGCGGGGCAUGUUGUCACACGGUGUGGGGAGAUGCGAGUGAAUCACGAUGGACGGAGAGAAGAACAUCACUCUCAGCGCAAACGUCUCCGGCGUGCACAGCCUGUGGGAGGCGGUCACCAUAGCAACCGUCUCCGCUGUGGUCAGCCUCAUCACCAUCGUGGGGAACGUUCUGGUGAUGCUGUCCUUCAAGGUGAACAGCCAGCUGAAGACGGUCAACAACUACUACCUGCUGAGCCUGGCCUGCGCUGACCUCAUCAUCGGCGUCUUCUCCAUGAACCUCUACACGUCGUACAUCCUCAUGGGCCGCUGGGCUCUGGGAAGUGUGGCCUGCGAUCUGUGGCUGGCUCUGGAUUACGUGGCCAGUAAUGCGUCUGUGAUGAACCUGCUGGUCAUCAGUUUCGACCGCUACUUCUCCAUCACACGUCCACUGACGUAUCGUGCCAAACGGACCCCGAAGCGAGCGGGAAUCAUGAUUGGAUUGGCUUGGCUCGUGUCUUUCGUCCUCUGGGCUCCGCCCAUCCUCUGCUGGCAGUAUUUCGUUGGAAAGCGAACGGUUCCUGAAGGACAGUGUCAGAUUCAGUUCUUCUCUGAACCUGUGAUCACGUUUGGCACGGCGAUAGCCGCCUUUUAUAUUCCCGUAUCCGUCAUGACCAUCCUCUACUGUCGGAUCUAUAAGGAGACCGAGCGACGUACCAAAGAUCUGGCCGAGCUUCAAGGAGUCAACUCUUUGAAUGAUCCAGAUGCACCGAAUCAAAAGACUCAUUCGUGUUUCACCUCAAAAGACGAGCGGCUGACCAACUUCAGCUACGCUUCAUCCGAAGAGGAAGAGCGUUCGGCUUCUCCUUGUGUCUUCAAAGAGACGAGAAACAAAAAGUGCAUUUCUUAUAAAUUCAAAGACGUUCGUUCUUCGAAGAGCGCUAAUGGAGAGGAAAAGCCCUCUUCGUUCUCGUCGGCUGAGUCUGUGAACGCACCGUCCUCCUCCAAACCUGUGGAAGGCACGCUGAAGAGCCAGAUCACCAAGAGGAAGAGGAUGGUUCUGAUCAAGGAGAAGAAGGCGGCGCAGACUCUCAGUGCCAUCCUGCUGGCCUUCAUGCUCACCUGGACGCCCUACAACAUCAUGGUGCUGGUGUCCACCUUCUGCUCCGACUGCGUCCCGCUCUCGCUCUGGCAUCUGGGAUACUGGCUGUGUUACGUCAACAGCACCGUCAACCCCAUGUGCUACGCUCUCUGCAACAAGACCUUCCAGAAGACUUUCCGCAUGCUGCUGCUGUGCCACUGGAGGAAGAAGAGGAGCGAGGAGAAGCUGUACUGGAGCGGAGCGAAGCCUGCGGCCGGAAACACACUCAGCUGAGAGAGAUCUGAGGACAAACUCUACUUCACAGCACAGACUCACUUCCUUGAAGGGAUGCACUACCAUUCAACUGUUUCUGCUCACCAACGCUGCAUUUAUUUGAUAAAAUAUUUUGCCAAAUUUUUAUGAUUUAAAUCAGCUGUUUUCUGUGUGAAUCUGUGUUAAAGUGUAAUGUAUUUCUGUGAUGCUCCGCUGUAUUUUCAGCAUCAUUCCUCCAGUCUUCAGUGUCACAUGAUCUUCAGAAAUCAUGAAAAUAUGAUGAUUUACUGCUCAAGAAACAUUUCUGAUUAUUAGCUGUGAUACAUUGCUAUUCAAAGGAUUUAAUUUUUUAAGUGAUUUGUACUUUUAUUAAUCAAGGAUGCAUUAAACUGAUCAAACGUAACAGUAAAUACA